AUGACAUGCCUGUCACAGAGUCGUCAUUCCAGUGCGAGCGGUUGUACAGAGCCAGAAGCGGAACUGCUGCAUUUCAAAGGCCGCGUGAUCUUCGAGACCCUGCGUGCCGUAAUCGGUCUAUCUUCUAUACCACAUCAAUCUUUACGCAUCGAUGAACACAUGUUGGACGCUGUCAUCAUCAAGACGCUGCGGGCGAUCUUGCCCGUGGUCACACCCCUCAUCACACCCAAGCAAUCGCCAGCGCCCAAGCCCAAUGUGACGACCUACAUUCCUUCUCCGUUUGUUCCCGGCAAGAUCACACGCAAGGAACAACGACGUCGACUCAAAGCAGACAUAUACUGGCCAUCCGGCCAGCCUGACAACGUAGCGCUGCCCAUCGUCGUCAACCUGCACGGAUCCGGGUUUUGCUUUCACACCCACGGCGACGAUGCCCGCUUCUGCUCGUACGCUGCUCGCUCGCUUCCUGCCAUCGUGAUCGACGUCGACUACUCGCAUGCUCCAGAACAUCCUUGGCCAGCAGCCGUCGAGGAUGUUGAUUCGGCGAUCCAGUUUGUCCGACACUUCGCAAACGAAAAUCGCAAACAGCGCCGCCGACAUGGCGCUUCCGCAGGUACAGGCCACAAAGAAUGGAUGUGGGAUCCACACCGUGUGGCGCUCGUCGGUUUCAGCUCCGGCGGCAACCUUGCUCUGAUUGGUUCCACUCGCUCCGAACACCACGGCGGUGUUGCAGCCGUGGUCGCUUUCUAUCCAUCCACCAACCUGGACGAGGAUCCGUACUCCAAGCCGCAGCUCACACCACUGAAAGGCGCUGCUGGCGGCAAGCUCCCGCCGUGGCUACGCAAAAUCCUCUACCGACUCUACGUUCCAAUAGAAAAGGUCAAAGAUCGCAAGCAGCCCCUCAUCUCACCACUCUACGCUGAUCCAGCUUCGUUCCCUUCGUCAGUCACCAUCGUUACAGCGGAGCAAGACUCGCUCGCUCGCGAAGGUCGAAAGCUAGCCGACAAACUCGGCUCGAGCUCCGCGUUUAGAGGCACAGUCGUCCAUUGGGAAGCGCCAGGUCAAGGUCACAAUUGGGACAAAAUGACAAAGCAAGGGACAGAGCCCGAAAAGCUCAAGGAUGAAGCCUACUCUUUGACGAUUCGAAGGAUUCGAGAUGCAUUUGCAAAGGUGGCCGUAGGGUAUGACGAUGCCGGGGAGCAGCUCGACGAGGUUGAUGAAGAGGACCUACUCGACACUGAGGAGCAGAUGAGUUCGAGCAUCGAUCACAGGCCAUCUGGUGUCGGUACAAGACGCUCUCGUUCCAGCUUCAAUACCGCCACCACUGGCGGUGGAAGAGACUCCCUUUCGAGACCUGGAACGAUAAAGAGUCCCAAACUUUAG